AUAUCCAAGUUAUGUCAAUAUAUUUCAAUGAAUUUAUUACAAAAUAAAAACAUAAUAGGAGAUUUCCAAACAAUUACAAUUUCUCACUCUUAAUUGACAUAGCGCGAAUUGGAAGAAACGUCCCAUUAUACUUGAGCUUUCCAAAUUUGCAAAUAUGUACACGUUAAAAUUUCUUCUGCUAAAUGUAGUUUUUCACCUAAGUUUUAUAAGUUUUGUAAGACUACAGAAACAGAACCCGCUGGAUAGCCUGGAUAUAAAUGACUUGAAAUUGAUCAUUGCUACACUUCCAGAUAUAUUAAAAGACGAGCAAAAGUUUGCGGAUAUAAUGAUAGAAAAAUUAAUCAAAAUAGAACCAAGUAUAGGUAGAACCAUACGUUCGUUUGAAGCACCAUACUUAGCAUCGACAAUUCAAGGAUUAAGUUCUUCUUUACAAUUUAUUGUAAUACAUGUAUCAACUGUUCUUAAAUUUUUUAUGCAAGGUGGAGGCGAUUUACUGGAUGUAGCCAAAGGGGCCAUGCUUUCGUUAGUAAAAGCUUUUUUGGGGCCAUCUAAUGUACCAACGGCUGACAAAAUAUUGACCCACUUAUUCCAAGUGAUUAGGAUCCUUUUAAGACGUGCUUAUGAAGGCUUUACUAAAUAUGUUGGUUUGGAAAUAUGAAAGUUUUAUGAAAUAUACACUUUAUAGUGGAGUCAAUGGAGUUUAUUAAUUAUGGAAAAAAUCAAACAAGAUAGAAAUUUUUAUUAUUUUAUUAAAAAAAGUAUAAUAAACAACAUAUGAAAACGUUCUACUGCAAAAGUCGGUGCUUAAUUUUUAUUAAACAAAUGAACUGCGAAAUUAGUUGUUUGUUAGAAUACCUAUGAAAAUACAAAUGUGAGAAAAAAACCUGUGAGACCUGAUCAUUGAAAAAUUAAGAAAAAAUUAAACAAAAAAAAACAUAUAAAGAAUUUUCUAAAAUUAAAUCUGCAGCUUCUAUAAUUUUUUAUUUAUAAUGCUGGAGUCACCCCUCUCACAAAUAUUGACGUACUGUAUGGCAGCGUUCGACAGAGUGCCUGGUUGACUUAGGUUUUUAAUGAAUUAAUAAAAUUAAAUUUUACAAACUGGAACCAAAAAAAGAAAUAAUCAAAAGUAAUUUUAUAGUUAUAUUACAGGGGUGGCCAAGCUCCUUGAUCGUCCGAGCCAUUUUUAAAAUUUGAAAUUUUUCGCGAGCCGCUAUUAAACAAUUAUCUAAAAGUGUAAAAAAGGUAUAACAUUUUUCUCUCGGUGUUUGGAUUUCACGAUUUUUAAAGUGAAAUAAACUGGUUCACAUCGUUGUUUCAAAUAUUCAAAUAAUUCUACAAGCAGCCUUUACUAAUUCAGGAUAAGGAUAGUUCGAUUCUUCAUCAUCCUUCCAUUUUUUUUCUGGGACGGCCUACUGAUCUUCUAUCGUCUCUCAAAAACACUGUAUUUAACACUAUGCCUUCCUCUGAUCUACCAUAUGACCUGCCCAUCUUAUCUUAGAGUUUAUAAUAUAUGUUUGACGAUGUUUUUAGUGCGUACCAUACACAGUCACCAAUUCAGCUCUGCAGCGCAUUCUCCACUCUUCUGUCAAUUAAUCUCUUUGAGGGCCAAAAAUAUCGUUCUGAGAACUUCGCUUUCAAAUACCAGCAGCUUAUUUAUUUCCUGCUGAUGUAGAGUCCAUGUAGGGCGAAUAAUUGGCUGUACAGUCGUAAUAAAUUUAGAUUCUUUUUAAAAGCUUAGGUCUUAAUAAUGACGAUAUGGAAUAUAAUGCUCUAUUCCACGCAGCUAUUCUUGCUGAGACCUCCUCUUUUUAUAUGUGCUUGUCAUCUGUGAUUACCGCCCCUAGAUAUUUAAACUCUUUUACUACUUCGAAGUUGUGGUCAUUAAUAGGUAUGUUCUGCCUAACUCUUGGUCUUGGAUUUUUGGUUACUGCAUGUAUUUCGUCUUCUCUUCAUUUAUUCGUAGGGUCAGACUACCUGUUUCUUCCUCGAGUUGUAAAAACACCUCUCUCACGUCUCUUGCAGAAUGAGCGACUGCACCUAUAUAUUCAGCAAAGGCCAACAAUAGUUUUGAUCUUGGAUUAGCAAAUCCUCCUGUCAGCUCAGAUGAUAUUUUACUUAUUACAUAUUCUAAGGCCAAAUUGAAUAGCAACAAUCAUAAGGGUUCUCCUUGUCCAAGCCCUGAUCUUACACUUAGUCUUUUAUAUUUGUUGUCAGUAAUUUAAGGCAUUUUGCAACGAAAAAAUUAAAAGUAAAUCAGGUACAUUUAUUGCGAGCCACAAAUAAUCCUUCAAAGAGCCACAUGUGGCUCGCGAGCCACAAUUUGGCCAGCCCAUAUUACAAAGAAAAAAAAUUACAGUUAGGGCGUAAAGUGGGCCUUACAAGAAUUUUGUUUAAAAAAUAUUUGAAAAUGUGUUACUAAUACAAUUUUACUUGUAAAAAUCUGAAAACACUCUUUUUGGAAUAAUUUGAGAAAAAAAAUGUAAUACAAAAACCAAAAAAUAUCAAUUAAAAAAAGUAUUUGUACACAGUCAUAAAAACUUUUUUCUGUACAACGUGCCUAAAAUACAUUUAAUAACAAGCUUAAAAAAUAAUAAAUAAAAAAAAAUUGAGUUCUUAUAGAACACUAUGUUUGCGUAACUUGCAACAUAUGGGAAACUUUUUUAUUUUACGUAAUUUUACGAAAAAGAGUUAUUCUUCAUAAAAUGCUUUGGAUGGUAUAGAAUCCAAAAUUUUGAUCAUCAGAUAUGAAAUUUUAUCAAUUUUAUACGAAUGUCAAAAAUAUGAAUUUCUCAAGAGUAAAGUACCUUUAUUUUCAUAAAAUCUAUUUUUUCUUUAUUCAUAAAAAUUUAUAAUCAGUAUAAUCAAAAACAAAACAAAAACAUUGUUGAUCAAAGUAAAAUGAUAAAUUCACCGAUAUUUUUAAAAUUAUUCACGUAUAAAACAGCUUUAAUUGUUUAAAAAAUUAAUAAACAAUAAUUAGAGACCAAAUCUGCGAUAAGAACUUUUUGUUUUAACAUAAUAUAUAUAAACUAACAAAAAGCGUUUCAGAAAAAUAUAAGCUUGUUUGAUUUUUUCCGAAACAAUGCUAGUUUUCGAUCUGAAUUGACUCCUCUAUUAAUAAAUUUUGUAACGCUUCAGACAAAAAUAAAUUUGUAUAAAAUUUGAA